UCGGUCCGACAGCGGGUUUUCGCGGUAAAAUGUAAAAGACGGAGACUGUCUACUUGUUUUGGUGUCGGUAACACUCGUCGUGCUUUUUUCCUUGUGUUUCAAUUUGUUUUAAGCUACGUUCUUUUGUAUUCAAGAUACAUUAUCCAAGUAGUGUUGGUGGAAAUUGAGUGCCUGAACGAGCGAGCCAUUUCUGAUAUAUUAUCUGUCCGUUCUAUGACAUUAGAUUAACACAAGUUCUGCUAGUCAAGAUACUCUGGGUUUGUAUAGUACAAUUAAAACGUCACCAUGUCCACCAUAAAUCUCGAAACGAUAAAGUCUGAGCUAGAAAUGUUUGGCAUCGACUACGACGACGAAGCUAUAUUGGACAAGUUGUUGGAACAGUCCAUCUGCAACAGACUGCAGGCCGAUCAGAUAAUGCUGGAGUGGGUGGCUUUCAGCGUCACCAAGAGUGGACUGAAACUGAAUAUAGACAACCUGGAACAGUUUGAGCACGAAGUUUUAAGCAAGAAGAACAAAUUGAGACAAAGCUCAAAAAAGGAGGAACCACAUAAUGUAACCAUCCACACACUGCAAGACCUAAUUAAAGAAGAAGAAGAGCAGGAUAAUCUUUUGGAUUCUUACUCUACCCCUGCCAAGGGAUCACAGAAACGUUCGCUCAGCACCCCGGAGCAUCCCAAGUCGAAGAGGAGUGCAGCUCUGCUGGCCAGCCCUGGCCUGCUACUCUCGCCAGCCAGCUUCUCCCCCAGUGGAACCCCUUCCCAAAAGUACAGCCAGCGUGGAGCAAAAGGGGAGGUGGUGGUGAAGUUUGGGUCCAGCGAGGGCUCUCAGUGGGUGGGAGGAAACGGUCGAGGUGUCGGGGUGAGCCUGGAGCUCCUGGAGGGCCCUGAGGAGUCGCUCCGCUCCAGCUACAAGUACAUGUUCCAGAGGCUGAGGGAUGUGCGCAAUGUGCUGACAGACAAGAUCGAGGAGCUUGGGGAGACGCUGAGGACUCACUUCAACAUCGAGGAGUUCUCUCCCGCCGCCCUACCCGCCCAGGACAGUAUUACCAUCCUGGGUCAGGUGUGCUGUGACAGCAAGGGGAAACUGAACGCCCAGUCAGUGGUGUUGGAGGCAGGGCCAGAGCAUGGGGCCCAGCUGGUGCCUGUGGACCUAUCAGAGCUCAAGGAAUACUCCUUAUUUCCUGGUCAGGUGGUGGUGAUGGAGGGGUUGAACACCACAGGAAGGAGGCUGGUGGCGUCCAAGCUCCACGAGGGACUUCCCCUUCCUUUCUACACACCUGAGGUGAAGCAGGAAAUGGAUGAAGUUCCAGAGCCGGUGAGCGUGUUGGUGGCCUGUGGGCCGUACACGCCGUCCGACAGUCUGACCUUUGACCCCCUGCUGGACCUGAUCUCGGUCAUCGUCAGGGACCGCCCAGACGUCUGUGUGCUGCUGGGCCCGUUCGUGGACGCUAAGCAUGAGCAGAUAGAGAAAGCCCAGGUCACCGAGACGUUUGAGGCCAUCUUCACCAGGUGUGUGGAGAGCAUCGUAGAAGGCACCAAAAGUGUGGGAUGUCGUCUGGUGUUUGUGCCGUCCCAGAGAGACGUCCACCACCACCCCAUCUACCCCCAGCCCCCCUUCAGCCUGCCCGACCUCUGCAAGGACCAGCGUGUGACCAUGGCCCCCGACCCCUGCACCCUGCUGGUGGAGGGCGUUGCCCUGGGGCUGACCUCCACAGACAUCCUGUUCCACAUGGGAGCCGAGGAGAUCAGCUGCGCUCCUGGCUCCGACCGAUUCUCACGCAUUUUGAAGCACCUGCUGACUCAGAGAAGCUACUACCCACUCUACCCCCCCGUGGAGGACAUGAACAUGGACUACGAGAAGUUCCAGAGCUAUGGCCAGAUGCCCCUCACCCCCGACGUGCUGGUGGUCCCCUCGGAGCUGCGCUACUUCAUCAAGGAGGUGAUUGGCUGCGUGUGUGUCAAUCCCGGCCGUCUGACCAAGGGCCAGGUGGGCGGGACCUACAGCCGGCUGCUGAUCCAGCGCAGCAGUCAGUCAGAGGAGGGGCAGAGGGCCAGCCCGUGUCUAACCUGUCAGGUGGUGAAGAUCUAAGGAGGGUUCCAGAAGGUUCUGGUUCAGGGCGGGCCCCACGGUGGAGGCAGAGGAAGGUGUGCUGAUGUAAAAAGAAGGAAGACUGUAACUGAAUUAAUGCCGGAUAUUUUUUUUUUGUUAUAUAAAACUGAAUUAAAUUUGAGGCCACACCGAUCUGUGCCGUGUUGUACAUCAAUCCAAAUCGUUUAUUUUUCAAUAAAUUAUUUUCUUUA